AUGGAUGAGAUAACAGAGUAUGUCUUCAGUCAUCUGAAACCCACACUCUGGGGGCUGGCCCCUGGAGGAGGGAUACAAAGACUCAUAAGGGACACCUUACAGAAAUUCCUGCCUCCAAAUGCCCACGAGCUGGUGUCUGGAAAGCUGCACAUUGUCCUCACCCGCCUGCACGACUGGAGAAGUGUGACAGUGUCUGAGUUUGCCUCCAAGGAGGAGCUGAUUCAGGCUGUGCUGUGCAGCUGCUUCAUCCCGCUGUAUUUUGGGUUUUCCCCUCCAAGGUUCCGUGGGGUGCGCUACGUGGACGGGGAGCUGGCCAUGUGGAGAGCAGACUUCGUGUCCCGCAGCACCAUCACCAUCUCGGCCUUAGCCGGCGAAUACGACAUCUGCCCCAAGGACGGCCCAGCCGCCUUCUUGACCUUCCAGCUCUCUGAUUGUAUCUUACAGAUCUCGAAAACGAACAUCGGCCGCUUAGUGUACAUUUUUCAGCCUCCCUCACGUCAGGUGAGCUGCUGCUCCGGGUAG